GGAGCGCAUUUCUGAGACUCUUGCCUGUGUUUUGUUUGUGCGUGGGAUGAGAGUGACCAGACAGGAAGGCAGAGGAGUAAAAUGUGCAGCUGCAGAGGAUCACCUGCAGGAACUGCUCAUCUAAAAACAAUUUGCAGCUCUGAUAUUAUUUCAAAGAGUAAAUUUACAGAAGCGUGGCAUUGAGUUUUUGCGUGACUUUUUAUGUCGGUUUCUGCUAUAAGGCAGGGUCAAUUCCUCUUGUGGUGUGUCUGUGAGUAUCCUGUUUGAAGCAGGAAGGAGAAGAAAUUGGCAUGUCAGUGCUGCACACCCAGCUUUUUCUUUUUAAAUAUCAGAGUUGAGCUCAAACUUCAACCUCAGCUUGAGGCACAUUUCACUGUGUAAAUCUUAGUGUCUCUUUACGGUUAUCGUUACUGGUCUCUCUGUUUUUCUGAGACUGUUUUGUAUCCAGGACUGUUUAUACUUCCGGGAUGUUUGAGCGUCUGUGAGGAUUUGUUCUGGUCUCGACUCGUGACUCUGUCUCUGGUGUUUCCAUCAGGGCUGACUGGAAUGUUUCUCCAUCUAUAUCUCCAGAUGUUCUGCAGUGCUGCAAUGCAAUUGGUCUGCUGCUAAUCACACAGUUUUUGGGGGGUUUUUUGUUGGACAUCAGCAACCUUGAUACAUUCACAUAGCUUCACCAAUGGCGUCCUUGUGUGGACAGGGAACUGGUUUCCAUGGCAAUCAGUCCUGUAACGAUGAGAGUCCAGCUGCGAUCUCCUCCUUUGGCUUACAGUUAGAGCCUGACUGCAUUGAUGGAGGAGGCAAUUAUGACCUAGUGAACAAUGCUGUGAUUUCCACACAUGGGGCACAGAGCAACAAAACCCAAAAUGUGUCCUUAAAGCAAAGCUGGGAGAUGAACUACCAAGAGGCAGCCAUAUACCUGCAGGAAGGAGAGAACAAUGACAAGUUCUUCAGUCACCCUCGAAACCCAAAAGCACUGGCGGCGUACCUGUUCGCCCACAAUCACCUGUUCUACAUGAUGGAGCUGGUGACGGGUCUGCUGCUGCUGAUGCUGUCGCUGUGUGAAGCUCCCGCCGUCCCCUCGCUGCGCUUGGACGUCUACGUUCAUGCCACUCUGGAGCUGCUGGCUUUGCUUCUGGUGGGAUUUGAGCUCUGCAUGAAACUUCGCUGGCUAGGCUUCCACACGUUUAUACGACACAAGAGGACCAUGGUGAAGGCGUGUGUGCUGCUGCUGCAGUUUGUAGAGGCCAUUGUGGUUCUGAUCAGACAGACGUCUCACAUGCGAGUGACCCGAGCUCUGAGACCGAUUUUCCUGGUGGACUGCAGAUACUGCGGUGCUGUGCGCAGAAACUUGCGUCAGCUCUUCCAGUCUCUCCCAUCUUUCAUUGACAUCCUCCUGCUCCUGCUUUUCUUCAUGGUUAUAUUUGCCAUCUUGGGUUUCUGUCUCUUCUCUACAAACACAGCUGACCCGUACUUCAGCUCUUUGGAGAACAGCCUCGUCAGCCUGUUUGUGUUGCUUACCACAGCAAAUUUUCCUGAUGUGAUGAUGCCAGCAUACUCUAAGAACCGCUGGUCCUGCGUGUUCUUCAUCGUCUAUCUUUCCAUAGAGCUCUACUUCAUCAUGAACCUGCUCCUCGCCGUUGUGUUUGAUACAUUUAAUGACGUGGAGAAGAUGAAGUUUAAGUCUCUGUUGCUUCAUAAACGCUCUGCUAUUGACCACGCCUUCCAGCUGCUGGUUAGCCGGCAGAGGCCGAUGGGAGUGUCUCUGAAACAGUUUGACGGUUUGAUGCGAUUCUACAGGCCUCGAAUGUCUGCAAGAGACCGUUUUCUCACAUUUAAAGCUUUGAAUACAUCAGGGGCUCCAACGCUUAGCCUGCAAGACUUUUAUAAGUUUUAUGAGGUCAUUGGAUUAAAAUGGAAGCCGCGACGAAGUCGAGAACACUGGUUUGACGAUCUUCCUCAUACAGCCUUCCUCAUUUUCAAGGGCAUCCACCUGGUGGUGAAAUCUAAGGCCUUCCAGUACGCCAUGUAUGUGGUGGUGGCCAUUAAUGGUGUGUGGAUCCUCGUGGAGACGUUCAGAAUGAACAGUGGAUACUCUUGGUCUGAAUCCGUUCCCGUGAGUUACAUCGUUUUCCUGACGAUUUACGGUGUGGAAGUGCUGCUGAAAAUAGCAGGUUUGGGGCCGUUGGCUUAUUUCAGCUCUGGCUGGAACCUGUUUGACUUCUCUGUGACUGUGUUCGCCUUCUUGGGACUGAUCGCUCUGGCUUUCAAAAUGGAGCCAUUCUACUUCAUUGUAGUUCUUAGACCAUUCCAGUUGCUCCGACUGUUCAAGAUAAAGCUGCGGUACCGCAACGUGUUGGACACCAUGUUUGAGCUCUUCCCCAGGAUGGCCAGUCUGGGCCUGACUUUAAUCAUCUUUUAUUACUCCUUUGCCAUAGUGGGUAUGGAGUUCUUUGCAGACGUGGUUUUCCCAAACUGCUGCAACACCAGCACAGUGGCAGAUUCCUACAGACAGAUCAACAAAACAUUUGGCAACAAAACAGUGUUGGAUGAAGGCUAUUAUUAUCUCAACAAUUUUAACGACAUCCUCAGCAGCUUUGUGACGCUGUUUGAGCUGACUGUGGUCAACAACUGGUACAUCACCAUGGAAGGAGUGACGUCUAUGACGAGCCACUGGAGCCGUCUGUACUUCAUGAUUUUUUACAUUGUUACCAUGGUUGUGAUGACAAUCAUUGUGGCUUUCAUCCUGGAUGCUUUUGUGUUCCGCAUGAACUACAGUCGCAAGAACCGGGAACCAGUGGAUAAUCCAGAGGAUGAAAAUGGGAUAGUGUUUGAUGUAGAGGUGAGGAGAAAUGAAGCGUUGGCCACCCUGGAGUUGUACAAACAGACAUCCCCGACACUGUCUUCACUCAGCUCUCUGACUGCUGUCCUGCAAGCUAUGGACAAGAGUGGGCACACAUUUCUGGUUUACUUGGGACGAAGAUCAAGAACAAAGAGUGACCUUAGUAUGAAAAUGUACGAGGAGGAGAUACAGGAGUGGUAUGCAGAGUAUUCAAAGGAAUGUUUGCCUCAAGAAGAUGAAAACCUAAACCUGGAUCAGAACAGUCCCGUCACCAAUCCAGCUCCCUUCCAAGAACAUCAGCUGAACUCGCAGAGCGAACAUCACAGCAUUAACUAGAAACGACUGUAGUGAGAUGUACAUGCACAUCAUCUCAACAGAGGAAACCUCAGCACUUCCAGUUCCCCCAAACUCACCAUACUGUAAUAUCCAUUAUGGGGGAAUAAAAAUCUGGAGUCUCUUGAACUGAAGUUGGUGAGAGAAAAUGACACUGUUUUCUUCCUGGAGCUGGAUUGAAGUGUUGAUACACUUUGAAGAACCCCUUAAACAAGCUACUACCAUUUCUUUAUGUAUUUAUCGAUUAUGAAUUAAAUCUGAUGCCUUAGUUUAACAGUUUCUCUGACCGGUAUUAACACACUUAUGUUAUGUACUUUGAUCAAGAGAACACUAAACACUCCUUAAAGGUCAAUCCAACCGCUUACCAUGUAAAAGGUUUCUCCUAACUGCCUCAGCAGGCUCCAAAUAUUUUGUAUAAGCUCUCAUUCUGUAAUGUACUUGAAAGUAACAGCAGAUUUUAAUAAACUAUUCAAAUAAUGAAA